AUGCAUCGACAAGGGAUAACAAAAACUUCCAUAGCAGACUGGCAGGACAGCCGUUGUGACCCUGGUACGAAUUCCUGCUGGGGUUACUGUGCGGAUUCUUGCUAUCGAUACCUGUCAUAUGGGGCUAGAAAAUUAGAUCAGCAUUUCCUCUUACUCCCUUUAUUGGAGUUGACAGAGGAGUUACAAUGCCAAGAUCCUCGAGACAAGAUAUAUGGGGUUCUCUCCAUGAUUGACUGGCAGGAUAUUCUGCCUAUUGAGCCGGACUACACAGCAGACAUCUUUGAGCUAGCUGUUUUGGCAAUCACUAGGAUAAUCGAACAAUCAAAAUGUUCAGAAGAACAAUGUUCAAAAGAAAGUUGCUAUCGAGCAGCAUUACCUCUCGCUUACUCAUCGGCGGAGAGCAUGAAGCUAUCUCUCGCGAGCAUUAAUCCAGAGAUCGUUCAAAUGAAUCAGCACCCAGAACGCGAUAACAGUUUUGAUGAUUCUGUCAGUUCACACGCAGAAGACACAGAAUGGUACUCUUGUGAAAUUAUGAAAGCCAGUGACAACAAUUGGAAGCUCGACGUUCGACCAGAUUAUAAGUUCCAUAAGAAGCAUGUAGAAGGGGAACCGGGGUGUAUAUUUCAUCGUGAUAAAAGCGGUGGUCGGCCAAGAUUGGUCUUGCCUGAUCUCGAAGGGGAAAUCCCGGAGAAUUAUGUCAAAAUCACGGAUGAAGAAUGCGGCCUCAUAGCGCUGCUACCUCAAGCUACACGACAUGGAGACUUGCUUGUUACUCAAGCGUACGCACAUUUUGACCGCAGAGAGCCAACCGGAAUCAGAUAUGAAAUGCCUCGCUACUAG